AUGCGACGUGAAAACUUUCCGCCUGCAGGUUUCCAGAUCCUGCCGAACAAAUUCUCGAUCGGGGCAAAGGGAUCCGAGGAGGCCUUCGAGGUCCUCACCUUGUCCAAGUCCUGGCCCUCGCCCACGAAGACCCUACCGCCCAGAUCGGGAAAAGGGAAACGCUUCCUCGAGCCUCUACCAGAUGCGCCCCCGAGCCGAGAGGGAAGCGGAGUCGAGAAGCGACUGCCGCCGCUUCCCAGGUCACCCCUGCCUUCCCAGGUCACCCUUUUGUCCGACGGGAUUUUCUACUCGCCUUCGCUCCAGAGGAAACUGGGGUCCCCGCCUUCGCCGAAGGCGGACAGCGGGGUCUCUUCGGCCGAGAGGAGUCGAACGCCUUUUCCAAGGGAUCACUUGGACGAGAACGAAGAUUGGGGCGAGGAUAGGGAGACGAGCCGGCUGCCUUCUACCGGGCACGUGCCGCCUUCGCCCAGGCACACUCCGCCUUCUCCCAUGCGACCGCCUGCCGACAUGUGA